AUGGACCUUUCUUCAAACUCCAUUCCUCUCUUUCUCUUCCUAGCCUUUGUUUUAGCUUUGUUGAUGCAAUGGAAGCGACCCAAUGCAGCAGCCCAGAUGCAGAAGCUGCCACCAUCUCCAUGGAAGCUUCCUUUUAUUGGAAACUUGCAUCAUUUGGUGGGUUCACUACCACAUCAUGCCCUCAGAAAAUUAGCUCAGAAACAUGGACCUUUAAUGCACCUACAGCUCGGUGAGAUGUCCGCUAUUGUGGUAUCAUCACCUCGUAUGGCGGAAGAGGUUUUGAAAACUCACGACCUUGCCUUUGCAGACAGGGCUGUAUCCCCAGCAAUCAGGAUCGUACUGUAUGGCGCUUCAGACAUUGCUUUUGCCCCAUAUGGUGAUUACUGGAGACAGAUGCGCAAAAUUUGCACCCAGGAACUCCUCAGUGCAAGAACUGUCCAAUCUUUCAGCCCCAUUUGCGCCGAGGCUUCGCGGCUCGUUUCAUCUAUUCAGGCUCUGGCUGGGGGUAAAGAGCCAAUCAAUAUAGCAGAAAAGCUGUACAUGUAUUCCAGUUCCAUGAUUCGCAGAUCAGCAUUUGGCAAAGUAAGCAGAGAUGACCAGAAUGCUUUCGUGCAGCUAAUCAAGGACGGAUUCGGUGCAAAAGGCAUGGAGAUUGCUGAUCUAUUCCCAUCCUAUAAGUUUCUUCAUUUCUUUAGUGUCGGGAGGAUUAAUCUGGAAAAGGGGAUGCAAAAGCAGGACAAAGUUUUGAGCAACAUACUUCGUCAGCAUAUUCGCGACUUUGCAACUGAAAAGUCGUCCACUGGUGGUGAAUUUGGCCAAGAAGAUCUGAUUGACGCCCUGCUACGAGUAAGAGAAAGUGGUGGCCUUCAAUGUCAAAUGACAGACGAUAACAUCAAAGCUGUCAUAGUGGCACUGAACCAACUGGUUUUUUCGCCUAGUAGCCCAGAGAGUAGCAAGUCUCUCUCCCUUGCCCACUUAGCCAAUGCUAGUGGUUUUAUACUUGUAUUGGAUAUGUUCGUAGGGGGGAUUGAAAAUUCAUCCACAACUGUGGAAUGGGCACUAGCUGAGAUGAUUCGAAAACCAGAUGUGAUGGCUAAGGCGCAGAGUGAAAUAAGGACAGCCUUCAUGGGAAAGAAAAUAAUUGAAGAAGAUAUGUUCGUAGGGGGGAUUGAAAAUUCAUCCACAACUGUGGAAUGGGCACUAGCUGAGAUGAUUCGAAAACCAGAUGUGAUGGCUAAGGCGCAGAGUGAAAUAAGGACAGCCUUCAUGGGAAAGAAAAUAAUUGAAGAAGGAGCAUUAAGCAUGCCUUUUGAUGUAGCUAGGAAUGAUAUUAGUGUUAGAACAACUAAUAACUUUUGUGAUGAUGCAUUAAGCAUGCCUUUUGAUGAGGAGUGGUUACUUCCUCGGUGCUUUUAG